UUAGUGUGGCGGUGUGUGCGGCAGGGCCGGCCGCUUGUUCUCGUCUGAUGCCGCCGCCGGCCCGCCACGAGCCUUCUCCUCAAUGAAGUACCUUUCCUUGAGUAGCAGUCGAAAGUCUAACGUGAUCGCCGGCUAUCCCUCGCGCGUGCUAUCACUGAUAGUAAACGAACAGCUGAUCGGAGGCCGCGUGCUGCCGGUGUUUCUACACGCCUCUACAUGUGCUCCGAUACUACAAAUACUACGCUUGUGCUAUCAUGUAUAUGUACUUUGUGGUUGACGUUCAUGCCGCGUUUAUCAAAACAGACUUCGUGUUUCUUGUGUGACAAUUCAAGAAAAAUGGAAAAGAUGAAGUUCUGCAUUCACCUGCUCCUAAGUUUUUUAGCAGUUAGUGCUUCACCAGAACCAAGAAAACCGCUGACGAUGCAAGAACCUCCACACCACGUCGAGUUCAGUAACGAUACCGGGGUUAUUCUCAGUUGCAGCACUAGUAGAGGAGAUUUUCAAAUGGACUGGUUGCAAUCAGACAAUACACCAGUGGCAUCACUGUCCGGACUCCGGCAGAUCCUGAAGAACGGCUCCCUGGAGAUACUUCCCUUCACAGCGGAACUGUACCGGCACGAUGUCCAUGCGACCGUAUACAGAUGCAGGAUGCGGUCCAGUGUUGGGUAUAUUGCGAUGUCCAAGAACAUACAUGUAUACGCAGCUCUCAGCUCACCAUGGGAGGUUCACGUGCCGGACGAAUACGUGAUAGCUGGUAACGCGGUGGUGCUGAGAUGUGUGGUCCCACCACACUGCGCCGACCGCAUUUCUAGUACAGAGUGGCUUAACGACGACGAUAUAAACGUACUUCAUUAUUUAGGGUCGAAAUAUCAUCGGCUCGACGACGGUUCGCUGUACAUAAGCGCCGUCAGUACCAGCGAUCGACAUAACCGGUUUUUAUGUCGAGUUCGGGACAAGAUCACUGGGAAUACGUACAGCAGUCAAUACUUUGGUCACGUAAUAGUGACAGAACCAAAAGGAGGCGUAAAGCCGCGCGUGUCUGUGGAACAACGCUCCAGGCGGAUCCGUGUCGGACAAGAUGUCCGUCUGCCGUGUGCCGUUCAUGCGUGGCCUGUGCCUACUUACAGAUGGUUUUUUGAGCACCACGAGCAAUUGACACCCAUUGAAGAAACAACUCUUUGGAAACGAGCCCGACUUCUAGACGAGGGUCUCCUUUCCAUACAGAAAGUGAGGCGGGAAGAUGCGGGCAGAUUCGUUUGCUGGUUGAAUAACACGGUCGGCAGCGAGUCAGUCCAUUUCACGCUUAUAGUAACAGAACCUAUAUCCGUCCGUACAAAACCGGAAGUAUUAAGAAGUAAACCAAAAUCGGACAUAGCGUUGGAUUGCAAAGUCAAUGGACACCCCAUAGAGCUAGUUUACUGGCUCCAUAACGGACGCACUCUUGAGCCUAACGAAAGAAUUGAAAUUCUAGAAGACGGAUUAAGGUUACAUAUCAAGAAUACGCACAAAGAUGACCAAGGAAUAUAUCAGUGUUUUGCAAGCAACGCCCGAGACCAAGCUUAUGGAAUGUCCGAAUAUUUGUUCGAUGUGUCGGAGAGGUCGCGGGCAGUUGGAAACCGCUCAAGACGUGCUCCUUACGCUCGUAGCACCCACACACACGACACAGACUGGAACUUUACAGGAGUUAGAGAAUCCAAACCGGAACUGGUGUACUGGUUUUCGGAGCAGACUCUUCAGCCUGGUCCGAGCGUGUCACUCAAGUGCGUGGCCAUGGGACAUCCGCCACCACAGUUCACUUGGUUACUGGACGGCUUUCCGAUACCAACCAAUUCUAGGUUCGUCGUAGGUCAACACGUUACGCUUCAAGACGAUGUUGUCAGCCAUCUUAACAUCAGCCGCGUAACAGAGCAAGAUGGCGGCGAGUAUGCGUGUGUUGCGUCAAAUACCGCGGGAAAAACUUCUCAUGCAGCCAGAGUGAACGUCUACGGACUACCUUACAUACGUGAGAUGCCUAAAGUGACAGCUGUCGCUGGAACAGACUUACAUAUGAAAUGCCCUGUCGCUGGAUAUCCCAUAGAGUCCAUAGGCUGGGAGAGAGAUGGUCAAACUCUGCCAUUAAACCGAAGACAGAAGGUAUUUCCGAACGGGACCCUAAUAGUAGAACAAACUCAAAGAGGAGAAGACGCUGGGACCUACACCUGUAAAGCCUCUAAUAGACAACGCCACGCUGCUAGAAGGGAUGUCGAAGUUCAAAUAUUAGUUCAACCAAAAAUUCUACCAAUACCGGCUAUGACGAACCUGCUUCGUGAAGGGAUGAGGGCAGCGAUUUCUUGCCAAAUCUUAGAAGGGGAUUUGCCGGUCGCUUUUCGUUGGGAGAAAAAUGGACAGCCGAUUACCUCAUCGCCAUACGCGCCCAGCGGGAUUAUCACACGAAGAAUGGACGAAUACAGCGCUUCGCUUGUGAUAGAACAAGUGACGUCACUGCACAGCGGAAACUACACCUGCAUCACGUCUAACGUGGCAGGGUCUGAGCGAUACACCGUUCCACUGACAGUCAACGUACCACCACGAUGGAGAUUGGAACCGAGCGACAUAGCUGUGGCAGCCGGACAAGACAUCACGUUACAGUGUCAGGCAGACGGGUACCCGAAACCAACUAUCACAUGGAAAAAAGCCGUUGGAAAUACACCCGGCGAAUACAAGGAUUUCAUGUUCGAAGGCAAUUCCCGAGUUUUAGAUAACGGUUCGUUAGUUUUUGAGCGGGUGGCUAAAGAAAGCGAAGGGCAUUAUCUGUGCGAAGCGAGAAACGAUAUCGGCGCUGGACUGAGCAAGCUGAUUUUCAUCAAAGUCAAUGCACCAGCACGAUUUCCUAUGAAAAGUAAGACAGUACAAGUUACUGCGGGCGAGGCUGCACAUCUACAAUGCGCUGCAUCUGGAGACGCACCCCUGGAAGUCAGCUGGCGAAGUCCACACCACCACACGAUAGCGCAUCAUUUGGAUCAAAGGUACACGAUUCGCGAACAAGUUCUGGACGACGGCUUGGUAUCAGAGUUAAGCAUUUUACAAACAUACAGACAAGACACAGGAGCGCUCACAUGCAGAGCGUCCAAUGCUUAUGGACAGGAUGAGAUGUUGAUACAUUUAGUUGUACAAGAGGUUCCUGAAAUGCCAAAGAACAUACGGGUAAUUGAUCAACAAUCAAGGACCAUACAGAUAUCUUGGACUCAACCAUAUGCAGGGAACAGUCCUAUUAUCAACUAUAUUGUGCAGUAUAAAGAAGCUCCAGAAUCGUGGCCAUCAACACCGCAGAAGGUCAUCGUCCCAGGAAGCGUAACGUCGGCCAGUGUUCAAAACUUACAACCGGCGACAUCAUACCACCUCCGGAUAAUCGCCGAGAACCGGCUGGGACAAAGUGAACCAAGUCAACCCGUGCAAGUUACCACUACGGAAGAAGUUCCAAGCGGCCCACCUCAGGACGUAAGAGUAGAAGCUAAAAGCUCUACAGAACUGAUCGUAACUUGGGAACCACCCCAAAGAGAUUUGUGGAAUGGAAAUAUCUUGGGAUAUUAUGUGGGAUUUCAAGAGUUAAACAGUAACAGCACAGUUCUAAUCGCCAGCGGCCCAGGAGGUGCUUCAUACACUGUGAGGACGGUUGAGGGCGCCGGUACUGCUCGAUCAAGAACCACUCUAUCUGGUCUUCAGAAGCACGCCGCAUAUGCUGUUGUCGUUCAGGCUUAUAACAGCAGAGGAGCUGGUCCUGCGUCUCCUCCAACAACUGCCACCACCAUGGAAGAUGUACCAAGCCUGCCGCCUGGUGCUCUACAAUGCAAUGCAUUAAGUUCACAAUCAGUCCGAGUUUCUUGGGAGCCUCCUCCUAUGCGUGGGCGAAACGGCAUACUUCAAGGAUAUAGAGUAACUUAUGCCCCGGUGACCGAUUGGUACGGUAACGAAGACGCAGUUACGAAGCAAAUAUCUGGACUACACACGACACUGUCUGGUCUGAGGCGAUACACAAACUAUUCCGUCACGGUCUGCGCUUUCACCGCUGCUGGCGACGGCGUACGGGCAGCACCUGUAUAUUGUCACACAGAGGAAGACGUACCCUCAGCUCCGGCGGACAUCAAAGCAGCGGUUUCUUCUAGAAAUAAAAUAUUGGUUUCAUGGCUGCCACCGUCCUCUCCUAACGGCGUCCUGGUUGGCUAUACUCUUUAUAUGAGUGUUAUCGAAGAUGGACGCGAGGAGGGCACCCACAAACGCAUGCUGUCACCGAGUACACUCUCGCACGAAACGUCUCGGUCGCCUCCACGGGCCACUCACCAAUUCUGGGUGUCGGCUUCUACGAGACUCGGGGAAGGAGAAGCCACGAGGGUCGUCACUGUUCUACCUUCCGACUCGGUACCCGCAAGAAUAACGUCAUUCAGCCGCAAUAUCGUAACUCCUUGGAAAGAGAAUAUUUCGUUGUCUUGCAACAAAGUCGGUGUGCCGGCCCCGGCGACCACGUGGACAAUGAACGGCGUUGGCUUGGAGUCAACACUGAGAAAAAACGUGAGCAGCGAUGGAACACUCACAAUAAGCAUGACACAGUCAGCGGACAGUGGUAAUUACACGUGUUCAGUUGAGAACAUUCACGGUCGGGACGAGGUGACGUAUACCGUGGAAGUGAAGGUUCCCCCCCAGCCCCCCAUACUGGCCGUUGUUGAUUCGUACGCAGACUCCUUGCACCUCCAAUGGAGUGAUCAGGGAGACGGAGGCAGCCCUAUUCUCGGAUACGUGAUCAACUAUAAACGUGAACACGGCGAUUGGGAAGAACUGCAAGUGGAGGCCGGCACUUCGGAGCACGUUCUGCCCAACUUGUGGUGUGGAACGCGCUACCAGCUGUACAUAACGGCCUUCAAUCGUAUCGGAACUGGUCUUCCCUGUGACAUCGUUCAUGCCUAUACCAAGGGCACUGUUCCCGUUAAACCGAAGCAUUCGCAAAUGAUAACUCUGAACACUACGACGGUUACCGUGUGGCUGGACUCGUGGGGCGACGGAGGCUGCGGGAUACUGUACUUUGUAAUUGAAUACAGAGAGAUGAGUCAACCUCAGUGGCGGCUAGUGUCGAACAGUGUGCAGGCGACCGAGCGGGUUUUCAGCGUGAGCGGCCUAACGCCCGCCGCACACUACCAGUUGCGCAUCACCGCGCACAACAACGCCGGACACGCACUCGCACUCUACAACUUCACGACGCAUUCGCUCAGCGGCCUGUUAGAUGGAGACCUGUCUCCCCCUAUACCGGCCGCUGGAGCCAGGUCUCUGGGUGGUGCACGCGUCAUUCUGCCGGCAGCCCUGUCACUAUUGGUCUUAGGAGCACUCAUCGCCAUAGUUCUGCUUGUUAAGCGCAACAAGACCGGCACGACUGAAACAGUGGCGACGGAGAGUGGCGUCGGGGAGUCUCCGUCUGUGGCGCAACUGCAGAACAAGGCGAACCGCGACCAGCAGUACCUCGCCGCCCGCGCCCAGCACCCGCCCCCGCAACACCACUACAAACACGCUUCCAACGAAUACAUAGAAGACAUCUGUCCGUAUGCAACAUUCCAACUGACGAAACCGACAGCUUACAGCGAGAGUAGCUACAGCGGCAACGUGUACAGCGGCCCUUACCACUCCGUCAGAGGAUCCUUCGUCUAUCAUGAUCUCAAACAAAACGAUAAAUAUAAGGGCAAAGAGCCAGAGUACACUAAAGUAAGAAGAAAAGGAACCAGACUCCGAGAUCCGCAUUCCGAGAGCCAAGAGUCGGACAACUUGGGCUCGACGGACUCGGAGGUGAAGAAGAUAUUAACGCUGCACCUGCCCAUUACAGAGUACGAGGACGACGCGAGCGACGACGCCAGCGCGCUCCACUCCGACAGCGAGCCGGCCGCGCGACUCCGACCGGCGCACCCCACUGCAUAUCCAACUGUAGAACGUGAGGAAUCAUCUUCGUCGUCGGAGAACUCGCUCGGUGGGGUCGUGAGGAAGGCUUUUCCCUCGAGGAAAGGGAAGGCGGGCGCGCUCGGCAAGCGCCACGUUAGAUCUUCGAGCGGAUACAGCAGUCACAAUGACGAGACCACAUUUAGUAUAUCAAACUACCCGUCGUUUAACGAGCACAUCCAUCCUCCCUCCCGCUUCUCAGACGACACAGAUUGCGAGGGACAUCACCGCCGGAAGAGGGCGCCGCAUCCGCAUCACGCGCCGCACCCAGGCGACCCCAAGAUCACAAGGGAAGCAUUCCAGAUAAACAUAUGAGAUACAUCGAAUAAAACGAGAUAGCGCAUCGAACGACGUCAUUACUUUUUAUACUUCUAAUAAAUUUGAAUAUCUGCCUUGGGAUCUGUUUAGCUAUCAAAACUAAAAUUCCUUGUUUGAAAAAUGAAGCUAAACAUCCCAAUAAGUUUUAAUAAGAUUCCUUACUUCAAAAACUUUUUAAGGUUACCAUGUUUUCACAGUAAAUGUUGAAUAAUUGAAGGUAGUUGCAAGAAAAAAAACCUAACAUUUUCAAAUACAGUCAUCGAAAGUAUGAUCCUUCGAAUUAGAUGUUAUUUAUGAUAUGUAAGAAGUAUAGGUUGUCGUUGGAUUGUAAUUCAAAUGUUAAAUGGCUAAACAGCCAACUAUUGUCUUUACUAAAAAACAAAAAAAACUAUACGGCCAGAAUAAAGUUGCCAAAUUAAUCCACUUCCAAAAUUAAAAGUUGUGUAAAUAUUACUGUAGAUAGUUAGUCUAGUCAAUGUUUCGUGCUAUGUGUUUAAAGUAUUUUUACUUAAAAAAAUAACGCAACAGUAUUUCACAUUACACUCACAAUAAUUUAAUAACUAAGACACUCGAAGGUUCACCGAAACAGCUUUGUAAAUAAAUAAAAUUAGUAAUUGAUAAUAAACAUUAGGUAAACUAUCGAGUAUGAAAUAAGGAGAACAAUAAUUAAAAUAAAAAAAUAUAUAUGUUUUAAACUUAAUGCCUUAUUGACCAAAGUCUUAAAACUAGUUACAGAUGUAAUUUUAGAAAAUAACCAAUAAUAAAAUACGAAUUGUUUAAUUGUUGUAAAGUUUAUGAAAGCAUGAAGCUUUCAUUGACAAAUUUAAUAUCAUUGUCUAUAAUAUUAAGAUUUGGUAUGAAUUAAAAAAAAUCCAAGAUAAUGUUUUAUUCUUAGCAAUGUUAAAGUGCCAAGAAAAUAAAAAUCAACAUACUUUACAUAUUUGUAGAAUUAUAUUUGUGUAUUGUACUGUUUAAAAAAGUGAUCUGUACGUUUUUAUACGUAAUAAUUGUAAUAAUUAGGACUUUAAUAAAAUACAUACAGAAAAAUAUGAACCUAGAAAACAAUGUUCUUCUUUUUAAUUUUAAAACAAAUAAAAUAAAAUAGUUCAAUUUGUACUUUAAACUACACGAAAAGACAAAAUGAUAGGAAGAAACAAAAUGGCAUCGAAACUAAUAAUAAACUUAUUUGUAUGUAACUGUAUUUUAAAAAUCAAAUAAGUAUUUGCCUUGGAACAUCUAGUAGUCUCUCUCACUGGUACUUUAUGACAGUGACGUCAUAAACUUCAAUAUUAAUCCUUUUUCAUUUUCAUUAUGCAUCCUCACUACGAGAAUUGAAUUUUAAAAUCUACAUUUUUUUUAAACUAUAAACAUGGAUCAUACUAUAUGUACUCUCAGAAAAACGGCUGGAUAAAAAUAAGAUAUUAAGUUUGUAACACUGUUAAAACCGUUAAUGUCAAAUUAACUGCAAAACUAUUAAGCACCACUUAUCACAACCACGAAGUAACUAUUUUACUUAUAUGUAUAACUGGUAGUAGUAAAGAUAUUUACGGUUAUAUUAAAAGUUGUAAUAUAUUUGAAUAUUAGUAUAAAGCGAUCCUCAGUAAUCCGUAACACAAGACAAUACACUUACCUUUAGUUUGGUAAAUAUGGCAGAAAGUUAUAUCUGUAUAUUAAAAUGAAUGUUUGUAGAUUUAAUAAAAGAGUGUUGAACACUGCACCCAAACAUUAAUAAAUAUUGGGUCGGUCUCAAGUCAAAACGAUUAAAAUUAGCGGUAAAUCUAAAUAUUUUUACGAAUGGUAACAUUGUCAUUUUGUUUCAGCAGUUGUUCUAUUAAAUGAAUAGAGGCUAUCUAAAUAUUUCAGUUUCUCGAGAUCGACAUUUUAAAUGCGUUGUACUUACCUGUUUAUUUGGUUUUAGUAAUUCCUACGAAGACUGUCCUACAUUUAAUUAAAAUCUAUUUUAUAUAAUUUGAAAACAACUAGUCAUAGUUUUUACGUAAAUCCUUUUAGAAAUACCUUGUAUGUUUAUGAACAUUUUGAUAAAUACCUAAUUCUCACAUUAGCAAAAUAUGCAUAGCUACGAGCCCAGUAAAAUUGCCUCACCAAAAAAUAUUAAAAAAACCUAGAACCUAAUUGCUGCUCCACUUAACGGGUCCAAUUAUAAAUCUAAACGAUCCAGACCCAUUAAAAUUGGUCCAGCCGUUUGAGUUCUCUAACAAACACGUGAAGAGAUGAGUUGUAUAUCGAAAAAUUGUGAAAUUUAGGACUGAUCUAUUUUCAACUACCUACAUAUUAUACUUGCUAGUUUAGUAGACUUAGCAAAGCCUACCUUAGUUUCGAAUUUCAGUAUUUAUCAAAACUAUUACAUUAAAACUUCACAAAUUCAAUAGUAAUCAUCCAAUUUGUAUUUAUUUUAUUUUAUUCCAUCAUUAUUUUAAAUAUUAUGCAACAGUCUGAAAUCUAGUCAAUGUACCAUAUCGUUUAUAGUCGCAUUAUAUUCACAUACUUAUAGCAUAAGCUAAUCAUGUUGUUACAGACAAGGUUUUUAUAAUAAAAAAAAUAAACGAGUUGUUUAUUACUAGAGAACAGUAUAAUGUGAAAAUAAUAAAAAAAGUCAUUUAAUUAAAAAA